AUGUUUUGCACAACUUCUGCUCUCUCUCUCUCUCUCUCUCUCUCUCUUCCCUUCUUUCUCUCCCUUAUUUCGCUCUCUAUUUCUCUUUCUCUCUCCCUUUCUUUCCCCUCUCUCUAUUUCCCCUCUCUUUUUCUCUCUUUCUCCCUUCUUUUGAGGUUAACUCUUUUUCUCUCUCUCUGCCUUAUUUCCCUCUCUAUCUCUCUUCCCCUCUCUCUACUUUCCCCCUCUCUCUCUCCUUUCUCUCUCUCCCUUAUUUCCCUCUCUCUCUUUCUCUCCCCCUUCUUUCUCUCUCUCUACUUUCCCCUCUCCCUUUCUCUCUUCCCUUCUUUCCCUCUCUCUACUUUCCACUCUCUCUUUCUCUAUCUCCCUUUUCUCUUCCUCAUUGACUCUCUCUCUAAAAAUCUCCUUCUUUCCCUCUCUCUCUCUCUUUCUCUCUCUCUCCGUUCCCUCUCUCUUUCCCCUCUCUCUUUCUCUCUCCCCUUUUCCCUCUCUCUAAGAAAAAAUAAAACUCUCUUUUCUCUCUCUCCCUUCUGUCUCUCCCUCAUUUCUCUCUCUUUUCUCUCUCUCCCCCUUCUUUCCCUCUCUCUACUUUCCCCUUUCUCUUUCUCUCUCUCCCUUCUGUCUCUCCCUCAUUUCCCUCUCUCUCCUUUCUCUCUCCCUUAUUUCCCUCUCUCUCUUUCUCUCUCUCCCCUUCUUUCCCUCUCUCUACUUUCCCCUCUCUCUUUCUCUCUUUUCCCUUUUCCCCCUCUCUCAACUUUCCCCUCUCUCUUUCUCUCUCUCUCUCACCCAUCUGUCUCUCCCUUAUUACCCCCCUCUCUCUUUCUCUCUCUCUCUUUUGCUUUCAUUACAGAUAUGUGGUGGGUUACACUUACCAAGUUCAGGCUGACCAACGAAUUAAGUCUCUAUCUAUCUUUUUGGCUUAAACUAUUCUUAGGUCUAUCUAUCUAUUGUUUAUACUAA